UCUGGAGACUUCAGACUGGAUUCUCGUGAAAAGUGAAAACAAUAAGUUUCAUACAUCUGCAAUUUUUUUUGAAGCGUUUUUAAGUUUAAGUGUAUAAUAAGAAAAUGUUUAAAUAGCUAGAUCUCAUUAAUACGAAACUGGACUUUAGCUAAGAUGAAUGCUAUAUCAUUGUCGAUGUGGUGUGUUGUCGGUAUCCUGCUUUUGGAAGGAGUAAAUUGUUUAAAUAAACGCUGCAUACGAUGUAGAUCAAGAGGAGAGCUCGGCUCUUGUGGUGACCCCUUUCCAACGAAUGUCACAGAACCAGACACCCAGAUUGGCAUUCAUGUUGUUGCUUGCCCAUCGGGUUGGUGUGGAAAAUUGAUUGAAGGAACAACAGGAGCAUUCAAAACAGAUGAUUAUGGUGCAGCUACACAACGGAUGUGCCUCCAAAGGUCACCAAGUGAUGACCAAGAAAGGUGUGCAUAUACUCUAUGGAACCACAAGAAAGUGUAUAUGUGCUUUUGUAAUGGAGACCUUUGUAAUUCAGCGGUAAAAGUUAAUGCCUUUCAAUAUACAAGUAUGGCAACUAUUUUUAUUGUCAUAUAUAAUAUAUAUUUUGGUAGGAUAUAGAAAUUUUUUUGCAUUAUUUAAACAUUUAACUGCAAGACUGUUAUUUUUUGUACAUAUUCAAUUUUCUCUUUAAUUCUUGUGGUAACGAAAUGUUCCGUCCAAAAAUGUGAUUUUAAAUAAUUCUUUGAGCAUUGAAAAACCUGUAAGGCUGACUUUGAUGUUUGCUUUCGGGUCUGUAUAAUAAUAAUGCAGUUAAGUUUCGAUAAUUGGUAUCUUUAAUUGAGAAUUAGGAUCUGUAAUUUAAACAAUUUAGUUAUAUAUCUUAAUAACUGCAGUAGUUUCACAUAGAUCAAUUACUGCACCAUUUAAAUUUUUAACUGCAAGACUGUUACUUUUUUGUGGUAAAGAAACAUUCCAUCCAAAAAUAUGUGUUUUUUUGAGCAUUGCAAAACCUGUAAGGCUCACUUUGACGUGUGCUGUUGGUCUGUGUAAUUAUACAGUUAAGUUUUGAUAAUAUGUAGGCUUAUUUUGUGAGAAUGUGAAAUUAAGAAGUAGGGAUCUGUAAUUGAAGCAGAUUAGUUAUAUCUCUUCAAUUACAUUACAUAUAUGCUGCAUAUAUGUAAUUGAAGAGAUUGACAGUGUGUGUGUUACAAACCAAUUGGAUGAUUUUUGUUAUAUAAAAAACUAUGAUUGAAGCAAUCUUGUAUGUUAAAAUAAAAUGCUAUGUCAUAUAUAUUAUUCAGUGGUACUGAACCUUUCUUGUGUGAGUCUGAUUUGAAAUUUAAAGGUUUUAUUUUGUUGCUUUUCUUUUACAUUGCCAAUUAUUAUGACCAUAGAUUCAAUAUAAUUAUGCACAUAUUAAUGUAUUAAAAAAAUUAUAAUUGUAUGCACUGUGAGGGACCAUCCAUGACUUACGUCACAUAACUAAAUGUCAUACAAGGGAAAGAGGGGAUGAAAUGUUUUGUGAUGUCACAUGUUAAAAUUUUAAAUAUUAAAACUCGAAACUUAUAUUAUUUAAGCAAAAUUUAAAGCAAUUAUGCACAUGUCAAUCACACACCUGAUUCCUGCCACCGAAUUUCACCUUCGCAAGACACGCCACAAGUUACGACAUCAUCCCCACCAUCUGGAUGUGUGACGGUCCUCCACAGUGCGAUUUUCAAGGAGCUUUCUUCCUCGUACUACGAAGCUUCCUUGUGCGGUGUUUCCGGGACGAUACGACAUGGGUACCUUCAAGAAAAGCGCGUACACCUUCCUUAAAGGCCGGCAACGCUCUUAUUAUUCCUCUGGUGUUGCGAGAGAGUGUGGGUGGCGGUGAUCACUUAACACCAGGUGACCCGUACGCACGUUUGUCCUCCUAUUCCAUAAAAAAAAAUGUCUAACCCGGACCUUUUGGUAUAAGGCUUAUGCAGGUUUAAGUUGUAGGUGACUGACAGUUUGCUGUCCGAUCUAUGUGACAUUGGGUGAUCCGGAUAGCAAAAGAUAGAUCCGGAUAAAAUCCAGAUGUCCUAUUAGUUUUUUUUUGUUCAAGUUUUGUACAUUCUUAAAAAUCCGAGCAAGGCUUGGUCGUCCGGAUAUUUUAGUAUUUAAAUGCAAAAAUUUCUUCCAUAAUAUAGUAUCUAUAUAGUUUUAAUGUUGAUAUCUGAUGUAUUUCUAUGAGCCGAAUUUAUUUAUUUGCAGUACAUAAAUGAACCAAAAAGUAUUGAAUUUUUUUUAUAUUCUGUAGUUUGAAUUUCCCAAUGUGAUGUAUUCCAGACUUUACGAUUUUAUUAUUUGUUGAGACCCGAAAAUUCUGCUGCGCUUAUUAGAUAUACAGUAAUUGAUAAUCAACAGAUGGCUCAAAUAAUUAUAUUAUUAUAAAAAAAUAAAAUUAUUAUUUUAGAUUUUUUUGAAAUUAUAAUAUAGAGAGUAUACUAUACUCGCCAAGAUCUGGCACGAGACAACACGUCCUGAGGAUGCCUCGUGUAGAGGCGAAACACGUGUCGAAUUGUUUAAAGGACAAAUAUUGGCGGAAUUUACACUAAAGAAAACUCAAAUCAUUUGUAUAAUUAUGGAUUUCCGCAAAGUAACGCCUACUUCAAUAAAUAAUAUAGAGAGUAGUAAUUAAGACAAACCAUGUAAAUUUAUCUUUUUUUGUAAUAAGUAAAACUGUGUUCAGUCUUUGGAGGUAUUAUCUCAAUAUAAAUGACAAUAAUUACAUCUCAUAUCACUAGUAAUGACUAAGCUAAUUUGAAAUCAAAUGGAUGAUAGCUCCAAUAGGUUAUGGAAUUAAUUGUAACAUUAACAAUAAUAGUAUCAAUAAUGAUUUUUCAUAUUAAAUAGCUGUAUAUUGUAAUUCAUACCCUGUUAUGAAUUGAUAAGCUAUAUCAAAUAAAAAAUGUAUAAUAUUAGAGCAAUUUGUAGUUAAGAACUUGUGAUAAAUGAAAAACAUAUAGUAUUUUCUAUUAAUUAUAUAAAUAUAUUUUGUACUAAUAUUUUUAUUGUAAUAUAUAUAAACCUUCUUAAUACUGCCAUUUUAUUGUGAUCUUGUAAUACACUUUGUUUAUACAACAUUGUAUCAAGAAUCUCAUCAAUGUGUUCAUGAAAUAAUUGGGUCUUCAUUAUGCCAAACAGUAUAUUAUAAUCACCCUACAAAUAAAAAUUAUUCAAAUUAAAAUAUAUUUAUUCAAUGUUAACAACCCAUUUGAAAAAAAUAUGCCUGUGACCUGAAAAGAACCGGCAAAAGAAAUCUAUCAUUCUAUAUAUAGUUUAAAUAACAUAAUAUCAUUUAUCAUCUAUCAUAUUUAGAUAAUUUGAGUUAAACCAGGACAGAAUAAACUGAAAAAAUGUAUCUAACUGCAGUAGCAACUAAUACAAUUUGCUAUAAUAACAAAAUUUAAAAUUAAAUUAUUUUAGUAGAAAUUGAUAAUGUUGUUUGUACACUUUGGCAUAAUGUGGUCCAAUUAUUAAGUAGUAUAUAAUCAAACAUUAUACUAUAGGUGUGUAAAUAACAAAAGUAAAUAAAAUAUCAGAAUGAAGGUGUAAAA